GGGUAAAAAAAAAAAGUUCGCCGAAAGGUAUUUUGGCCUUCUCCGAGAUCCGUACAUGUUGCCAUUCGGCGAAUACGCUAUGCUAGCUUAAGUUAGCUAUGUGAUUUGAAUGGUAGUCAAAUUAUUUUCCAACUUUUUGCGGUUAUAAUGGCUGACUACUGGAAAUCUCAACCAAAGAAAUUCUGCCAGUAUUGUAAGUGCUGGAUAGCAGAUAACAAACCGAGUGUAGAGUUCCACGAAAGAGGAAAGAAUCAUAAAGAAAAUGUGGCCGCCAAAAUUGCGGAGAUUAAGAAGAAGAGCAUUGAAAAGGCUAAACAGGAGGACCGCAUGUCCAAGGAGUUUGCGGCUAUGGAGGAAGCUGCUUUGAAGGCGUUUCAGGAGGACCUGAAACGGCUGGAAGCUGAAUCUGGCACAGGUGUGCCACAUUCACACGCACAGCCGAGAAGUACCGCUAGGCCUCAGAGUAAGAAACCAGAAGUGCAGCCAGCGGCCCUCAGCAGUAAGCCGUCACGCACCUGGAGCGAGGGUGCUACUCAUGACGGACAUACAUACUACUACAACACCCUAACCGGCGAGUCCCAGUGGGAAAAACCAGAAGGAUUCACUGGGGGAAAGAAGACUUCAAAGAAAACUAAAGUGAAAACUAAGAUUGAGACACAGACGUCUUCAGACUCUCCAUGGGUAGAGGCACUCAGUCCUGAGGGAUACGUCUACUAUUAUAACACUUUAACUGGUGAAUCCAGCUGGGAGAAGCCUGGAGAUAAUCCACCCCGGGACGGUGGCAGCUGUGGUGAAAACAGCGAGACACAGGAGGACCCGUCAGCUCCUCAGGCAGAGCCCCUCUCGGCGGAGGAGAGCAGCUCAGAGCAGCCUCCCAGUGGAGGGGAACUUGAGACCCCCGAAGAGCCAGGCGUCCCCAAAAUAAGCUUCAGGAAGAAGGAAGAGAAAUCUGAGCCGUCUGGAGUCGAGGGAGAAGAGACUGAAGAUGGAAAAGAGGAUGAUGGUGAAGCCAUUCAUGAGGAGGAGAAGGAGGAGGAGGAUGAUGAUGAUGAUGAUGCUGGUGAUAAUGGUAAAAAUGAUGAUAAAGGCAGUGCUCCUGUAGUACAGGAGAUCCCAGCUAAAAGACCUCGGAAGACGAACCCAUAUGGGGACUGGGAGCAGAUCCAGGAGGAGCCAGACCCAUAUGAGCAGGUGGACCUGCAGCUGCCCCAGGUAGAAGGUGUGGCUGCAGCCACAGGCACCGACCUACCCCCUGAGCCUAAGGUCAAGUUCAGGGAGCGCACCAUCACCUCGCUAGGGGAUGAAAGUGACCAGGGGGCAGUCUUUAAGAAGAGAAAGUUGGACAAUGGCAAAUCCAGGAGCCUCAGGCAGAGGGGCAAAGAUGAUUGACAGUGUUCACUGGAUUUUACCCGUGGACACAUGAAUCCUACUUGCAGAUUGUUGACGGAUACUUGCAUCAGGUUGGAAGGUCUGUUUUUCAGAAUUCUGGUGUCAGCAGAUGGUCUGACUGGGACGGAUGCUGAAUUCCCAGUGAAGCUUUUGUCAGACUUCCGUGUGUGCUUAAUGCUUUUAUUUUUGUAUUGUUUUUUUCCUUAAACACAUACCAUUGUUAUAGAAUUGCAAGAACUAAAUACAGAGGAUUUUAACCAUUAAUGUUUUAUAUUUUAGAUCAUUUGUUUUAUGUUGCCCUCGCUGCUACUUUGAAUUAUGCAUCUCGGUUUCCCAUUCUGACAAACAUAAGUUCUUCUUCUGCAGUGAAAAUAUACGUAGCAAUAUCAUAGUGAGACGGAAAAUAAUCCACAAACAUGAGCUGCAUUGCAUGACAGGUGCAGGUACUUUGCUGAGAUCAGUCUAUCAAAAAUACUGGCAAAAAAUAAAUUAUGGUGGUUGCACAAUGGA